CUUUUUGGAGGUGUGUUCUCUUCACUUCAGUUCAGUUCAGUCACUGAGGAGAAACACUUUGAAUCACCUGACUCCACGGCAGACGUUCUGCCUCCUACCAAGACAUGCAGAGGUGGGCUGUGGUGUGUUGGGCCCUCCUGGCCCUCCUGGCCCUCGCUGGGGCCUAUGAGUGUCCCGACGGAGGGAGGUGUGGCGAGGGCGGGACGUGCUGCGGCCGCCCUGCAGACGGAUACGACUGCUGCCCGCUGGAGCAGGCCGAGUGCUGCGGAGACCACGCCCACUGCUGCCCCGCGGACACGGUGUGCGACCCGUCCACGUCCAGCUGCGUCAACGCCACGGCGUCCGUCCCCUGGGUGAAGAGGACCUCCGCACGGCGGCCCGGUCUGUCCAGAUCCUUCAGAAUGAUCCAGGCGUACGCCGGAGAAGACGACAGCAACGUGUGUCCCGAUCAGUCUCGGUGCCCCGCCGAGUUCUCCUGCCAGAGGACUCUGACGGGGUUCGGCUGCUGUCCUCUGACUCAGGGUGUCCCCUGUCCCGACGGAAGACACUGCUGUCCUGACGGCCACCGAUGCAGCGCAGACGGCCGCUCCUGCAUCAGAGAAGACGUCGUCACGACAGUCGUGUGCAGAGACGGGACCUCCGAGUGUCCCGGUGGGACCACCUGCUGUGAGACUCCGGAGGGGACGUGGGGAUGCUGCCCGCUGGAAAACGCCGUGUGCUGCAGCGAUAAGGUCCACUGCUGCCCCGAAGGCUCCGCCUGCGAUGUGGAACACUCCCGAUGCGUCUCAUCCGACAGCAAGACGGCGACGCCGAUGUGGGCGAAGCUGCCUGCCCGGACCAGAGCCGAGUGGGAGAACCUGAAAGAUGGAGAAGUUACAGCCGCUGAAGCAGAUGAGGUCAAACCUGAGAAAGUCCCUGAACGCAGCACGGCCGGCGUUCCUCAUUCUGAGAGGGGGGUGGCGCUGUCGUCUGUCACGUCUGCUGCUUCAGGCGGGGUUGUGGCGUGUGACGAGACCAGCGCCUGUCCCGACGACACCACCUGCUGCAAGACCCAGCAGGGGGAGUGGGGGUGCUGCCCUCUGCCCAAGGCCGUCUGCUGUUCGGACGGAGAGCACUGCUGUCCGACCGGGCAGAAAUGUAACCUGGCCGAGCAGACGUGCGAGAGCGGCCUGCGCUCCGAGCCCUGGGUGGAGAAGAUCCCCGCCAUCCGGAGGGAGGUGGUGCAGUGCGAUGAGACCAGCGCCUGUCCCGACGACACCACCUGCUGCAAGACCCAGCAGGGGGAGUGGGGGUGCUGCCCUCUGCCCAAGGCCGUCUGCUGUUCGGACGGAGAGCACUGCUGUCCGACCGGGCAGAAAUGUAACCUGGCCGAGCAGACGUGCGAGAGCGGCCUGCGCUCCGAGCCCUGGGUGGAGAAGAUCCCCGCCAUCCGGAGGGAGGCGGUGCGGGAGAAGGCGGUGCAGUGCGACGAGACCAGCGCCUGUCCCGACGACACCACCUGCUGCAAGACCCAGCAGGGGGAGUGGGGGUGCUGCCCUCUGCCCAAGGCCGUCUGCUGUUCGGACGGAGAGCACUGCUGUCCGACCGGGCAGAAAUGCAACCUGGCCGAGCAGACGUGCGAGAGCGGCCUGCGCUCCGAGCCCUGGGUGGAGAAGAUCCCCGCCAUCCGGAGGGAGGCGGUGCGGGAGAAGGUGGUGCAGUGCGACGAGACCAGCGCCUGUCCCGAUGACACCACCUGCUGCAAGACCCAGCAGGGGGAGUGGGGGUGCUGCCCUCUGCCCAAGGCCGUCUGCUGUUCAGACGGAGAGCACUGCUGUCCGACCGGGCAGAAAUGUAACCUGGCCGAGCAGACGUGCGAGAGCGGCCUGCGCUCCGAGCCCUGGGUGGAGAAGAUCCCCGCCAUCCGGAGGGAGGCGGUGCGGGAGAAGGUGGUGCAGUGCGACGAGACCAGCGCCUGUCCCGACGACACCACCUGCUGCAAGACCCAGCAGGGGGAGUGGGGGUGCUGCCCUCUGCCCAAGGCCGUCUGCUGUUCGGACGGAGAGCACUGCUGUCCGACCGGGCAGAAAUGUAACCUGGCCGAGCAGACGUGCGAGAGCGGCCUGCGCUCCGAGCCCUGGGUGGAGAAGAUCCCAGCCAUCCGGAGGGAGGCGGUGCGGGAGAAGGUGGUGCAGUGCGACGAGACCAGCGCCUGUCCCGACGACACCACCUGCUGCAAGACCCAGCAGGGGGAGUGGGGGUGCUGCCCUCUGCCCAAGGCCGUCUGCUGUUCGGACGGAGAGCACUGCUGUCCGACCGGGCAGAAAUGUAACCUGGCCGAGCAGACGUGCGAGAGCGGCCUGCGCUCCGAGCCCUGGGUGGAGAAGAUCCCCGCCAUCCGGAGGGAGGCGGUGCGGGAGAAGGUGGUGCAGUGCGACGAGACCAGCGCCUGUCCUGAUGACACCACCUGCUGUGAGGCCAAGGGCGGAGGCUGGGGAUGCUGCCCUCUGGCCAAGGCGGUCUGCUGUGACGACCAUGAAAACUGCUGCCCUGAAGGCACCACCUGCAACUUGACCACCCUCACCUGUGAGGGGCGGUCCGGCUCCACUCCCAUGAAGCAGAAGAUCCCCGCUCUGACCACCAGGACGCCAGCAGAGGAUGAGGAUGACGAAGGUGCGGCGCCAAGGGCUCAGUGUACCUGCCCGGCCUCCGCCACCUGCUGCUUCAUGAAGGCCUCCCAGAGCUGGGGCUGCUGCCCGCUGCCCAACGCCGUGUGCUGUCCCGACCAGGAGCACUGCUGCCCUCACGGCUACACCUGCAGCACGGCGUCCCGGAGCUGUGAGAAGCUGGCCCUGCUGCAGCUGCAGCCCGUCCCUCUGGCCCGGGUGUCGGCGGCGCCCGUCGGCCCUCUGGCGCACAGAGACGUCCAGUGUGACGAGACCACCAAGUGCCCCGACGGGCAGACCUGCUGCAGGAUAUCCGCCACCAGCUGGGGCUGCUGUCCGUCUCCUCAGGCGGUGUGCUGCAGUGACAUGCUGCACUGCUGUCCCAACGGAUACACCUGCACCGAGGCCGGCCAGUGCAUCCAGAGCGCCGGCUUCGACUGGCGCGUGCUGCUCGGCAACAGAAACAAGCCCACGACCAUGUGAGGACGUCCGCACGUCCGCCAGCCCGGCACUAAUGAAGGGAUGUUUGGGGAAUCGCUUUGAAUUAUCUCAGAAGGAAAUCGUGACAAAAUGAGUUGCAUUUCAGGGAUUAUGAUUUAAUCUGUGUUUUACAAGAGUGAGUCUCACUUUCAAGAUUGCAUGCAGUUUACCCGACGAUCUACAAAUACAAAAAUCUACAGGUCCGAAUCACUCCUCUUUGUGUCCUGCUGCUGUCGCUUCUGAACUUCUCUAUCCAGAAUCCGGAAUUUAACAUUUGAAUGUUGCAUACACAAAAACAACCAAUGGUGUUCGAGCUUGCAGUUGAUCUGUGUGACAUUUUAUCACUCUUUUAAUCUUUGUUUGAAUCUGUAUGAUUUGAUAUUUCUCAUGAAUCAUCUUCUGGAUUGUUUUUUUUAAAUUCGGGAGGGUUUUUUUGUAUGUUUUUUUUUUUUUUUUUUUUUUACUAAUGGGUGUAAACUGCAAAUAGGUUUGAUGUACAGAUUUGAAGUUUCAUCUGUUUAAUAAAGAGGAAAUGGCAGGAAAA